GCGGCUUUCCAAGAGCUCAGGAUUUUUUUUUCGCCCGCCCGCCCGUUUGGUUGCACCGUUAAAAUUGCGACCUGCGCAAAAACAUAGAAAAAACCAUUCGCAACUUUUCAAAAGAUCCGGUACACGUUCACAGGCCGGUUUGUUAUUUGACUUGCCAGGCGCCCAUUUACUUUUUUUAAUCGACCGCUCUAGGGUCCUUACCCCCACCUCGGCCUCUUCAAAAUGCAGGCUCCAGUCGUGGUGAUGAACACCCAGAGUGGUGGUGAGAGGCAGACCGGGAGGAAAGCACAGUUGUCAAACAUUGCAGCAGCAAAAAUCGUCGCCGACAUUAUCCGAUCAUGCCUGGGCCCCAAGGCCAUGCUUAAGAUGCUGCUCGACCCUAUGGGCGGCAUCGUCCUCACCAACGACGGCCACGCCAUCUUGCGAGAGAUCGAGGUAUCGCACCCCGCCGCCAAGAGUAUGAUUGAGCUGAGCCGGACACAGGACGAGGAGGUCGGUGAUGGUACAACAUCCGUCAUCAUCCUCGGCGGUGAGAUUCUGGCCCAAGCCCUGCCCCAGCUGGAGCGCAACAUCCACCCUGUCGUCAUCAUCUCGGCUUUCAAGCGCGCUCUCAAGGAUGCCCUGGAGAUCAUCGACGAGAUCUCAACACCGAUAGAUAUCAACGAUGACGAGGCCAUGUAUCAGCUGAUAUCCUCUUCCAUCGGCACAAAGUUCGUAUCAAGAUGGUCCAAACUCAUGUGCAGCCUCGCGCUGAAGGCAGUCCGCACCGUAACUUGGGAGGCCGGCAGUGGAAAGCGGGAGGUGGAUAUCAAGCGGUAUGCGCGUAUCGAGAAGGUGCCUGGAGGCGAGAUCGAGGACAGCAAGGUCUUGGACGGUGUCAUGCUCAACAAGGACAUUACGCAUCCCAAGAUGCGCAGGCGAAUCGAGAACCCCCGCAUCAUCCUACUUGACUGCCCGCUCGAGUACAAGAAGGGCGAGUCUCAGACGCAGAUCGAGAUCACCAAGGAGGAGGACUGGAACAGGAUUCUUCAGAUCGAGGAGGAGCAGGUUGAGGCCAUGUGCAAGCACAUCCUAGAGCUCAAGCCCGACCUGGUGAUUACCGAGAAGGGCGUCUCCGACUUGGCACAGCACUACUUCAUGAAGGCCAACGUCACCGCCCUGAGGCGUGUGCGCAAGACAGACAACAACCGCAUAGCGAGGGCAACGGGAGCCACGAUUGUCAACCGGGUGGAGGAUCUGCAAGAGUCGGACGUUGGGACACAAUGUGGUCUCUUUGAGAUCGAAAAGAUUGGCGACGAGUACUUUACCUUCCUGACCAAGUGCAACACCCCCAAGGCAUGCACGGUGCUUCUCCGUGGUCCGUCAAAAGACAUCCUCAACGAGAUCGAGCGCAACCUGCAGGAUGCCAUGGGCGUGGCUCGCAACGUCAUGUUCCACCCGCGCCUGUCACCAGGUGGUGGUGCCACCGAGAUGGCCGUCUCUGUCCGUCUGGGUCAGCUGGCCAAGAGCAUCGAGGGAGUCCAGCAAUGGCCAUACCGCGCCGUGGCAGAGGCGCUCGAGGUCAUCCCCCGCACUCUCGUACAGAAUGCCGGCGCCAGUCCUGUGCGAGUCCUUACCGAUCUGCGCGCCAAGCAUGCAGAGAGCAAAAGCUCUUGGGGCAUCAACGGAGACACUGGUGGCCUGGCCGACAUGAAGGAGUACGGCGUCUGGGAGCCCGAGGCCAUCAAGGUGCAGAGUAUGAAGACGGCAAUCGAGGCCGCAUGUCUGCUCCUGAGAGUCGAUGAUAUUUGCAGCGCAAAGAAGGCACAGCCAGGAGUCGGAACCGGUAUGACUGGAGGCGAUGAUUAGACAAUAUUUAGACUAAGAAACAGCGCGUUUCCCCAUGGAAAAACUCGGUUCGGAUUUGGCAUGAAGCUCGUCCUCAGUUGCUCAAACUACUUCGGAAAAAUAAAAUAAAAAAGUAGGAGGAGGAUGUGCUGAAAGCUGGCACCCCAUUGUGUUUGACUGGUAGGUGCCGAUGCUGGAGUUCAAGGUAGACAAAAAGGCCACUGUUUAGUGAUAGAAUUCCCUCAUGGCCUGUGCUUCCUGGAGCAUGCUGUAAAUGCGAUCAACGUCUCAAGGGCAUCAUAUUAUUUCAGUCAUCGUCGUGUAUCACUAUACCGGGAGUCUGUGCAGAGCCUGGGGUACCGUUCCCAUUGCUGGCCUCGGCUCUAGCCGUCUCUGCGGCCGCCGCCAUGACGGCACUGAUGGGCUGCAGACCAGCAUCGGAGCCUUCAUUUUUGCCAUCGCCACCGCCAUCACCGUCACCGCUAUCAUCGCCACCACUUUUCGCAGCUUUGGCCGCCUCUGUAUUCGACUUUGACUUGUCGGCCUGUAUAGCCCGAAGCUUUGCGGCCUUUUUCUUUUCCCUCUUCUCCCUGUUCUUCCUCGUCUUUUCGUCGUCCUUGGUCCCAUUCUCCGCCCUCCUCCUCUCAAACUCUUGCUUCUCCUGCUCCUUCUUCAACUCCUCGUCCAUGACCCUGAGGCGCUCAUUCUCACGCCGCCUGCUGGCCUUGUAGACGUGGAACUCGCCCGAGCCGGCACCGGCGCUGGAGCCCUGGACGUUGGUGACGAUCUCGGGGGGAGCGGCGAGCCUAGGCUUCUUGUCGCCGGUCGGGAAGCGUAUCUCCUGGUCGGGCUUGGCGAAAAGGGCGUCGAGGUGCGCGGCCUGCUCCGAGACCGGGGUCAGGGCGCGCUUCUUGGUCGGGCGUUUGGAGCGCGGGUCGGCCGACGUCGGGACACUUUCCGGUCCCUCGCCAGACAUUGUGGGUUAAAUGUUGUUUCGGGCGGCCGUUAAAAAAGAGACAAAAAAAAAUCCUUUUCUUUCUUUUUUUGUUUCUUGUUGGGGUUGCUUUGCCUUGGAUCGAUCACACACAUGCGCAAGUGCGCGUGCAGGGGACGAGGAAUGUGAUUAAACGCGCGCGCGCGUAAUUCUUCUUCUUCUUCAGGAUGGAAUUG